AUGGCUUACUAUAGCGGACUACGAGCCUCCUGUCUCUACCCCGAGAUCACUAUCCCAACCCUUGGCACAGUCAGAGGAACGCUCGACAAAACAGGUCAAGUAGCCAAGUUCUUGAAUGUGCCUGUAGCUACUGUACCUGAGAGAUGGCGUCCUGCUGUCAAAGCACAGUCAUGGCAAGGUGUCCGUGAUGCUACUACACCAGGCCCACUAUCACCACAAGAAACCAAGACCAAGGCUGCUAUCUUCAGUGGAAAUCCUUCGAAAAUGGACUACAAUACACAUAUGGAUGAAUAUGACUGCCUUGGCUGUAAUGUCUAUAUGCCUGCCAUUGCCACCGCUGAAGAUGCAGAUCUGCCAGUGAUUGUUUGGGCCUUUGGAGGUGGCUUUAAGAACGGAGGAGUAUCAUGUCCAAUUUUUGAUUGCACUCCAAUCGUCAUAAACGCAAUUGAGCUACAAAAGCCUGUUGUGAUAGUCAGUCUCAACUAUCGUAUUAACUACUUUGGUUUCCUCACCUCUAAAGAGAUGGUCCUUGAUGCUCAGCAAUAUGCUUCUUCUAUUCCACCACAGCUUCGUACUUGGUACCACAACUCUGUUGGCAAUUGGGGGCUCUUGGAUCUGAUCAUGGGUCUGGAGUGGGUUCAAGAACAUAUUAGUGCUUUCUCUGGUAAUCCAAAGAGAGUGACUCUGAUGGGUCAAUCCGCAGGCUCUACAGCUGCAUCCUAUUUCAAUAUGCUCCCUCAAUGUCAUGGCCUGUACCAGCGUGCGAUCAUGCAAUCUGGUGGAGUAUCAAUGCUGCCAGCUGUACGUCCUGAGUAUGAAGGCCAAUGUGUGUUUGAUCAUCUGUGCAGGUCGCUUCAGAUGCCAGAUGAUCUAGAGCCAUUGGAGAAGGUAGCAUGGCUACGUGCAGUGCCUGCAGAUGUCAUUGCAGAGCUGCUGAAUGAUACUCCGUUAGUCUUCUUCAGGCCCUCAAUCGAUGGUAUUAUCUGUAAGGAGAACGCACAACUAGAUGUAUGUGACUUUAGGAAAUAUAAUCCAAACCUGGAGUGGGUCUUAACAGGAACCUGUACCAAUGAAGCGGAUUUUUCAUUUUUUAAGGAGCGCAUCUGUCCUCCAGCCGAUUAUCAUCUUUUUGAUCAGCUAUUUGGGGUCCCUGCGACAAACAAAGAGGUCAUGGCGACCGUCGUCAAUACUUUGUCAUCCUACAAUUUUGAAUAUCCAGUCUAUCAGGUCUGUGAAGCCAUCGCUACUCAUCCGUCAUGUCAUUUGACCCAGUAUCGUUUCGAAAGAGGAGUUGAAAAGCUGGGUAAGGUGAUGCCAGGCCUUGGCAUUUUUCAUGGAACAGACCUUUUCUUCACAUUUGGCAACAACUCGCAUACACAGAGGAUCCUUAAUGAAGACGAAAGGACCUUUGCAAAGAAAGUUCAAGCUGUGUGGAUCGAGUUUGCAACUGCCAGUUCUCCUGAGGAGUCAUACUUGCCGAAAAUGCCUCAAUUGACUGGCCCUACUACUUCCGAUACAACGAUAACCUGCGGUGGUCUUGAAGACCAAAAGAAGAGUGAAGCCAUCUUGUUCUCAAAGUCACUAGAAGUUGUCAGGACCUCAAUCUCACCUAUGACCAUGAUGUCCGACGCUGAGAUCGACUUUUGCCGAAGAGCACAUGCCUUUGCUGCAGAGAUGGCUAGAUGUGGCAAGGGAAUGGGUUUUGGCUCUCCUCCGGUAUUUGAUAUUUGCACAAUCAUUGGGACUGAUGGCACUGUACCACGUCCACUAACCCAGUCUCGACCAUCAUCAGUACCAUCAACACCACCAUCGUUAUCACUGUCAUCUUCUAAGGCAGAACCGGAACAUAGGAGUUUAAUGAGGACAGUAGCGCGCCUCUGA